AUGGUGGAAGUCAUUCAUAAGCAUUUGGAUCACGUGAAACUCUGGAUCGAAUUGUAUGACGGAAUGGAGCAAGACAUAGAUGCUGAAUUACCUCCAGCUGUGAUCAAGUGGAUUUUCAAAGGUUAUGAGAUGACAAGUGACAAUCCGGUCUGUACAAUCUACAAACAGUUGAUGAAAACCUGUCCGGAGGCAAAGCUAUGA